GAGCGCUUUAUAUUUUGGUUGCUCAUUCCUGAAACAUGAGGUCCAAAAUAAAACUUUUCUUUAGUUAAUAAUGAAUCAGCCACAAAUGUUCCUGCUCAUACUCUUGCUCUGCCAAUUCAAUUUAAUUUAAUAUAAUUUCAAGGCUUUAUGUGGAACGUCACGUGACCAAACCGGAAAGCAGUACCCAUCACUUCCGCUUGUCGGAGAGGGCGGUAAGAACAACUGACGGUGUAAACUACGGACUUAUAAUCAGCUAGCCUAGCUAAUAACUUACUUUUUACUGUUGGCGUUUUAUUAGAUUUAUUUAUUAUUUGAUAUCUGAAUGUUAGUGAGAGGGCGUCUUGUCUUCGUCAAGACGAAUAAAGUACCAGAAGCGAAGUAAUCCUAACAAUAAUUUCUGCUGUGUACCUCAAUGCACGAUGUCAGGGAAGUACAACUCCACCAUAAGUUUCCACCGCUUCCCAAAGGAUGAAACCUUAAGAAAGAUAUGGAUACGUAACGUGAGACGUGAGAAUUUGGUGAUUAAGAGGAGCAGGGCAGUCUGUAGUAGACAUUUCGUCUCCACGGAUGUAAUUCAACGGGGGCGACGACGCCUGAAAGAGCGGGCUGUACCUGUGUUGUUUGCCUGGAACGACUACUCUCUGGAGAGAACACAACAACCAGAGGGUGAAUUAAUUGAAGAGGAGGAGAUGGACGUUGGACUGUUGCUUCAGUGUCACGAUUACGAUGCAAAACCAGAACCAUCAGUUUUGGAUACAGCAUGUGAGAAAAUAGAGGCCCAGCAGCUGUUGAUAGAGGAGCUGCAGAAGACGCUGGCUGAGGUCACACUGAAGCAGUCGUUUGGUUUGGAGAGGUUUUCAGCAUCGGAUGAUGACAUCAGAUUCUAUACCAGAUUUGCCAGCUAUCGCCAUCUACAGGCAUUCUGGAGACAGAUUGAACCUGCAACGUGGAGAAUCGUGCCUGUUAGUACGUCAUCCACUUCCAGCACAACAGCAGCUCCUGACAAGGCCGUUGAUCCACCUCGUCCACCGAGCCGAUGCCUUCCACUGAUUGAUGAACUGUUCCUGUUCUUGGUGUACCUAUCGCUGGGUCUGAAGGAGAAAGAUCUGAGUGAUCGUUUCAACAUUCAUCAGUCCACUGUCAGCAGGAUAAUCAAAACUUGGGUGCAUUUUUUGUACACAUUCAUGGGCGCCAUUGGGAUAUGGAUGUCUCCUGAAGCAAUUAGAGCCACGAUGCCGAGUGUGUUCAGCAAGUACCCUGACACCCAGGUCCUUAUUAACUGCACAGAGAUGAGAUGUCAGAUGCCUUCGUCUUUGCUCUCACAGAGUGAGAUGUCUUCACAGUAUAAAUCCCACACUACCCUGAAAGGAAUGAUAGGUGUGUCACCACAUGGUGCUGUUACUUUUGUUUCCUCAUUGUAUUCUGGCUCUAUCAGUGACAAAGAAUUGUUCAGGCAAUCUGGCAUUAUUCCUCUUUUGGAUAAAGAUAUGGCUGUAAUGGUGGACAAGGGAUUUGGAAUUGACGACCUAGAGCCCUGCAAAGUUUACAGACUGUCUCAUGAAGUGCUGUUCACUCAGGACAUUGCACGGUUAAGGAUACAUGUGGAGAGGACAAUCAGGCGCAUCAAAGAGAACAAACUGUUUGACACUAUUAUUCCUCUGACCAUUGCUGGCAGUAUCAACCAGCUUUUUGUGGUAGCCUGCCUCCUAACAAACUAUCAAAACAAGCCACUUAUCAAGGCUUGGGCCAAAGAACUGACUAUGUGUUAACCUCAUUGAACUAGCCUCUCUGGAUAUUUGUGGCACUGAAUGGCCUGUGAUAUUAUUCAGAGUUGAUUGAACUGACUCUGAUCAGCUGUUCUGAAACCGAAAACUCUGAGUGUCCCAUCUCAGGGUUCAUCAACUCAGAGUUCAGAGUUAUACUCAGGGUUUUUCUGAAACAGGCCCCUGCUCGUCAAACUGAUAAUGAGCCUCCCUCAAUUGUCAGUUUGUCCCUCUGUGUGAUAAACAAUAACACUACACAAAAAUGUCAGCAAGCACUAGAUUCUUUGAUGUUGCAGAUUUGAUACAGAUUCUAUGAUAGGCUACAUUUUUAUGUAGCAGUACAUAUUAUACAUCUUGACUUUGUGGUUAAAUUUUUAUGAGUGGUUUAAUUUAUCAAAUUGCCAACUGUUUUCAUUAAAGGACAACUUCGGUAUUUUUCAACCUGGGCCCUAUUUCCCCAUGUGUAUGUGUGCGUAUGCGUAUGAUUCAUGGGUACAAC